CUCCGCUUCAAAGAUUUAUCGAGCGAAGAAAAGGAAACUUUUGUCAACAAAAAAGGAUUAGCUUAUGAAGAUCAAAUACUCCUCAGUUCAGAGGAAGGAGUGCAAUGUCUAAAAACGUUUUCCGACGCAGUGGUUUGUAUUACAGUUAAGAAGGCCUACGGCACAGGCUUCCUUGUUCAAGUAAACAACGACGUUGCUGUAAUUACCAACUCACACAGCAUAAGAAGGACGAGCAGUGGUAAAGGGAUUGAUUUUAGUAUGGUCGAACCACGCGAUGUUCGAGUUACUUCUUUUUACGAUGAUAGGGGAUUGGGCAAAGCACAGGUUACUCACGAAGUAGAGAGGAUUGAAAAAGUAUCGCCUCCAGACAAGAAUAAAGAGGAAAACGUUCUACGAGAUACUAUGAAAAAAGCGUUACAUGGAGAUGGCACGAAAGAUUCGCCAUAUAUUAGAAAAGCUGAAGAAGCUUUAAGUUUCCUCGAUUCGUAUUUCAACGUUAGGGAUGCUUUCUUAGAUUAUGCAUUUUUGUACUUGAAGCCACUACAAAAUGAAGAGCAGAAAGCUAAGUUUAUAAAUGUGAAACCAUUAGAGAUGAAACCCGUUACCUUACAAGAACACUUUCUAAGAAUUUUUUCAGUCGGAUUCCCUGAUCGUUAUCCUCAUUCACUUAGGCUUUUCAGCAUCUCUCAUCCUCACAGCAAAAGCCAGCAAGUGUCGUUUGGAGGACUAGAAAGUGACCUCGUCCACGUUUACAAUCUUAACCUGAGCUAUGGUCAGAAUGACAGAGGAAUGAUUGGAGGGAAAGACCCAUUCGUCGAACACUCGAUUGCUACUUGCCCUGGAUCCUCGGGCGCUCCAAUCUUCCUUUACACCUACAACCAUGAAACGGGUGAACUGAUUGUCGACGAGGGUGUUUACUUUCUCCAUUUUUAUGGGGAAGUAAAGGGCAAACUUCACGGGAAGGCUGUGUCAUUUUCUACUAUUAGAAAAAAUAUGCCAUUGCAAGAACUUCACAACGGACUAGCAUCUGCCCUUGCUGAG